AUGGAAAACCCAACGACACUAGAUCUCAACGGAUACGGAGGUGUUCACGGAGGCUUCGACCGACAAGGCCUGGGUGCACACAUGAUGGCUGGUGCCGCACAUACUGCAUACGGUCCGAGUCAAGGAAAUAUGUCCGCGUAUCCCGAUAUCCCAUACGCCAUCCAAACCCAAAGCCCGACGGCCUACGCGAAUGGCGCACCAUUUCGCAUUGCUGCGAGCCCUAUUAGUGCCUAUCCCUUGGGGGGCGAGGCAGCUUCUCCAGAGUGGAUCUCAAUGUCGUCUCCGUCGACGCAAUAUCCAACACAUAUGCCGCCAAAUAACUAUGCUCAUUCAGCCCAACAGCUAAGAUACCCAGUUCUUCGGCCUCUUCUUCCGCACCUCGGCAACUUGAUUCCAAUCUCGCUGGCGUGCGACCUCAUCGACCUCUACUUCGCGUCAUCAUCCUCGGCACAAAUGCAUCCAAUGUCACCAUACGUCUUGGGAUUCGUGUUCCGAAAGAGGUCGUUCCUCCACCCGACCAAGCCGAGGCUAUGCCAACCCGCCCUGUUGGCCAGCAUUCUAUGGGUUGCAGCCCAAACCAGCGACGCACCGUUUUUGACCAGUGUCCCAUCAGCACGAGGUAAAAUCUGUCAGAAGUUACUGGAGCUGACUGUGAGCUUGCUUAAGCCACUAAUCCACACACCUUCUGGAGACACCUCCCCUGUGACAAGUCCCGUCAUCGAUGGUGUCGCCCUCGGCGGACUAGGAGUUGCACUCCCCGGAUCCAUCAGCAUGGAUGCUUUGACUGGAGAGUCUGGACCUUUCGGCGCUGCAGGUACUCUAGACGAUGUCAUCACGUACAUCCACCUCGCAACCGUGGUUUCUGCGAGUGAAUACAAAGGCGCAAGUCUCCGGUGGUGGAAUGCAGCAUGGUCGCUCGCCCGGGAGCUCAAGCUUGGUCGCGAGCUUCCUCCGACGCCAGCGUCCAUGAGUCAGAACCACGACGCAGAUGGCGAUGGCGAGUCUGAGGAUGCUCUGGGCGGUAACGGCCACCCCAGUGCCAUCAUGGAGGAGGAACGCGAAGAACGCCGCCGCAUAUGGUGGCUCACAUAUAUCGUCGAUCGCCACUUGGCUCUCUGCUACAACAGGCCCCUAUUCUUACUCGAUCUCGAAUGCGCCGGUCUUCUACAACCGAUGGACGAUACAGCAUGGCAGAACGGCGAUUUCCGCCAAACUGAUCCCACUACAGACCCUAGUCUCGGAGACGGCUCUGGUCAGACAGGCCGUGUUCGUGGCCCUCACUUCGAAUGCACAGGACACAGCAUCUUUGGCUACUUCUUACCACUCAUGACCAUACUGGGCGAGAUUGUCGACUUACAUCAUGCGCGUAACCACCCUCGAUUUGGCGUCGGGUUCCGUCUUGCGCGCGAAUGGGACGACCAAGCCAGCGAAAUCACUCGCCAUCUCGAAGCGUACGAACAAAGCCUCAAACGAUUCGAACAGCAACACCUCGCCAAACACAUCGCCAGCAUGGACGACAAGAGCGAGCACCCCGAGAAUGGAGAACACGGCCCCAUUUCCGACGUCGGAACCCCGUCGGUGCACUCGGUGCACACUAACGCCUCGAACCGCAUGACGGAGAGCGAUAUCCAGACCAAGAUCGUCAUGGCCUACGGCACGCACGUCAUGCACGUCUUGCACAUCCUCCUGGCCGGCAAAUGGGACCCCAUCAACCUGAUCGACGACAACGACCUCUGGAUCUCCUCGCAGGGUUUCAUCACCGCCACCGGCCACGCCGUGUCCGCCGCCGAAGCCAUCAGCAACAUCCUCGAGUUCGACCCGGGCUUGGAGUUCAUGCCGUUCUUCUUCGGCAUCUAUCUGCUGCAGGGAUCGUUCCUGCUGCUCCUCAUCGCCGACAAGCUCCAGCUCGAGGCGUCCCCCAGCGUCGUCAAGGCAUGCGAGACCAUCGUUCGCGCCCAUGAGGCUUGUGUUGUGACGCUCAACACGGAGUAUCAGCGCAACUUUAGCAAGGUCAUGCGAAGCGCGCUGGCUCAGGUCCGCGGCCGCGUGCCCGAGGACCUUAACGAGCAACACCAGCGCCGCCGGGAGCUGCUCGCCCUGUACCGGUGGACCGGGGACGGCACGGGUCUGGCUCUCUGA